UAAAAUGUGCGUAGAUGUGAUUUCAGUUUAAGAUUCGAAGCGCGAGAGGAUCGAAAGCGACAGAUUAAACUCGUAAAUGAAUUAAAGAACGCAAUAUGACAGAAAUUAUGGCACAAAAGGACGCCAUGACGGACCAAUCUCAAGAUACUUCAAAUAUAGAUCUCAAGGAGAAGAAAGACAGACUGCAGAAGCAAAUAGCAGAGCUGAAAGCUCUGAUCUUUCAAAUCGAAUUGAAUUUGAACAUCACCAAGUUUGGAAAUAUAAAAAAUGUCAAGAGAUUGUCAGAGUCGAUCAGCACUUCCAGAAAGGCGAUUCAGACUAUUCCAAAUGUUGAGAUCGAGCUACAGAACGACUUGUAUAAAUUUGCUGGGAUGCAAUGUGUUAAGUUUACCAAGGAAGAGUUUGUGUUCAAAUUUUUUUCUGUGUGUGAGACCCGGAACGUUGAGGUUUAUACCAUCCAAUUUUUUAAUAAGGAUGGUGUAGGGACGUUAGGCAAAUGGGCAUUACCUAUGCCCAUUGACAUGGAUCGCAUUCUUGAAGAAACCCCAAUUAAUGUCCUGUCACAAGUGACGUUAUUCCUUAGAAAUUGCAAACAUUAUAUCAAUUGCUACACUAGCAGGAUGGAACAAUAUUUUGAAUUGAAGAGGUAUCUCAACGGCACGAAUAAUUGCACAGUGGAUUCAAGUUUUGGAUACAGUCAUAUCAAUAUACAGCUGUUUGGAUUUCAUAGACUAGAAACGAAUACAUUCUUGAAUAUUGAAAUAUACUUGUGUUAUGAUCUCGCUGAAGCUAGACCCGAGAAAGUUCAUGUAGAUCCCAUCGGAAAGAAGAAGUUUACCCCAAAAGAGAAGAACGAACUCAUGCUUCUUAUAAAAUAUUUUAAAUAUAUGAAUUUACAAUCUGCAUUCGAAAAGUUUACCGAUGGAACAACUGCAUCUUUUGUAUGGACAAAGGAAACUGUUGAAAGUCCAAUGGAAAUAAAUAUCAGCAGCAGCUCAGAAAGUGAGUCGAUAUUAAAAGAAGCUGUUCUGGUACGGAAGCAAACUGCAGAGAAAAAAAAAAGGAAGCAGGAUCUAAUGAAGAAAUGGAAACAGGGACAAAGUGUUAGAUCGUCUAAAAUAUUAGAAUGGGAGAAGAUAGAAGAAUUAAAACGAGCUGAAGAGAAUUUGCUCAAACAUAGAUCCUAUAGAAAAGAGAAGAUUCAGAAGCAGAGAAGAUCUAAACGACCUUUAUCAGAAGAAUCCGAACAAGAUUUACGGAAACGUAGUCUUAGAGAGACGAGAGGUGUAAAAAAGAUUAAGGAAAUAAGAAUUUCUUCCGAUGACUCUGAAGAAUUUAAAAAGGAUGCACCCAUACCGGCUCGUCAUAAAGAAACAAACAGUUCUGUAAAACAUAAAUUUAAGCGAAUAAUAUCCAAAGAUUCUGAAGAAGAUAAUUCUUUGAAAAACGGUCUUUGUGAAGAUGAGAAUCAAGGAAGAAAUGAUUCGCAAGCGAUUUUACUAGAAGAAUCCAAUGGAGAAGACGUCUCGGUACAGAUAUUACCUUCGGAAGAAAAAGAUCAAGGAAACGAACAAGCUCCAUGGUAUGCUACCAAAAAUGAGAAGUCAACAACAAAACCGAUUGUCAUUUCUGCACCGAAUGCAAAAGGAAAAAAUACUUCAUUGACGUCUCGACCCGGGCCACGAUCGAGUAAAAGUUUCAUCCAAGAAGAAACAGUAAUUCCAAAAUCGACUGAACCUAAGUUGAAGCAAACUACUCUUCCAUUUAAGUCUCUCCAAGGUAUAAAGUAUGAUUUUACAAAAGAUAUACCAUUGAUAAAAAAGUAUUUUAAGAAAAAAGAGAAUGUGGGAGAGAAAAACACUAGCAAUUUGAUUACAACCAGUACACCUUUACAUGGGUCUUCGAAGAAAGUGAUUGACUCUCCUACAAAAGUCGAUGAUUUAACCAUCAGUGACAUACAGUCUACGUGAAGUAUUGUUCAAACAAAGCAAGUGUUUCGAACGAAUGGAAGAAUUGGAAGAAUUCAUUGUUAAAGUGAAAUACAUUUAAUGACUAAAUGUUUAUUGAUAUUGCUUGACACUUUAACAGAAAAAAAAAAAGUGGGUUAUAACCACAAUGAAUGAUACAUUUUCUACAUACUUAUUAAAUAUUUUUUAAAUUCAUAGAAAUUUACCACUAAAUUAUGGUACUUGAUUUAGAAUACAUGUGAAUUGUAUAUUAGGUUGUAAGUCCAUGAUAAUAUAUUAGAGUUUGUAUUAUACCAAAUUUUUGUGAUAUACGUUACAUCAUUCAUCGACGGUAAGCAUUGAAACGUGGAUGCAAUAACAGUGUAGUACAAACGUAAUUAAUUUAAACACGUCAUAAUAAUAACCUGACCAAGUGGAUGAUACAGAAUCUACAAAGCGUGACGUAACAAAAAGUAUUUUACAAUUCAUAAAUAUAAAGAAGUUUACAAUAAUCGAUAAGCUUUCAAAUUAUAACGUACAAUGUAUCUAUUCCUAGAGACGAGUAAAUAAUAUCUUGACAAGUGGUGAGCCACGGUGACGACUGGUGCUGAAGAAGGCGUGGGUGCAAUGUCGGUGCAAUUCCCAAAUCGCGUUUUCAACAGAAGCGAUGUUUACUCAGAACUUACAUGCGAAUUUCUCGACAUUAAAGCCGACUGUGGGCACUAUGUCUAUGGAGCGAUCUUCCUCGCGUUUGAAAUGAUUUAUUACGGUCGACUUACCGCUGUU